AUGAACUUCUUGAGAAGAAGAAAACACAGUGAAGACGACGACGAUGACCUUCCCGACUCGGAGUCGGUUUCUCAAGUCCACAAACUGAGGAAACCUCCUAAUACGGCGUUUCGUCAGCAGAGGUUGAAGGCAUGGCAGCCUAUUCUUACACCCAAGACGGUGAUUCCGUUUUUGUUUUUGCUAGCCAUUAUAUUUACUCCGUUGGGCAUUGCUAUCAUUUAUACCACGUAUAACGUGCAGAAGCUUGAGGUGAACUACUCGAAAUGUGGAGACGAGGCCACCAGCUCGUUCCUGUCGAUUCCUGGCAAGUAUACGGGCCACCACUUUCAGGGUACUGGGGAUGGGCCAGAUUUUAAAUGGAAGCUUGAAACGGGUAGGGAUGCCCAGGGUGACGAUACGCAAACAUGCGUGAUUCAGUUUAACUUGCCCAAAGACUUGGAUCCGCCAAUCUACCUUUUCUAUAAGCUUACGAAUUUCUACCAGAACCAUAGAAAGUAUGUGGAAUCGUAUGACGUGAAGCAAUUACGUGGCGAUGCCGUGCUGCCAGGCGAUUUGGACUCUCAUUGUGAUCCAUUGAAGCAGAAGAAGGUGGGCGACGACGAAAAGGCCGUGUACCCUUGUGGCCUUAUAGCCAAUUCGUACUUUAACGAUACGUUUUCCAGCCCUGUGUUGCUUAAUUCUAAGAGUGGCAGUGAUAACGAAACGUACCACUUGUCGGAGAAGGAUAUCACCUGGAAAUCCGAUAAGGAUCAUAAGUUCAAGAAGACCAAGUACGACUAUAAGGACAUUGUGCCUCCGCCAAACUGGGCCAAGAUGUUCCCAGACGGAUAUAAUGAAACUAAUGUGCCUAAUUUGCACGAGUGGGAGCACUUACACAACUGGAUGAGAACUGCUGGUUUGCCUGAGUUCAUGAAGUUGUACUCCAAGAACACCACCGAGAAGUUCAGCUCGGGCACGUACGAGAUGUCCAUUGGCUUGAACUACCCAGUUUCUAUCUUUGGCGGAUCAAAGUCGAUUGUUCUUACCACCAGUUCGGUUCUUGGUGGUCGUAACUUGACGCUUGGUAUCAUCUACAUUAUUGUGGCUGUCAUUGCGUUGGUCUGUGCCAUUGCAUUCUUCCUCCAGCAUUUGAUCAAGCCUCGUAAGGUCGGAGACCACAAUUUCUUACAGCAGGAUGGCGGUGCUUUCAGAGAAGGACCUCCUACAUCCUACAGAGAGCAGCUAUAG